CGAGAGGAGGAGGAGGAGGAGGAAGAAGAGGAAGAGGAGAAGGCAGUAGAGAAUCAAUCGAGAACACAGCCGGGUCUGUCCAAAAUCGGCGGAAUAAUGUUUCUGCGUAUCGACAGGAUCGUGCGUUCGGGGAUAUUGUUUCUGUUGUGCAUCGAGUCGAGUUUUCAGCAGGAGGAGGAUAUACCCCAUAACGAAGUCAAAAACUGGGCGUUGAAGUUUGGAGUGGAUUUAUGGGAAUUUGGUAAGCAAGUGACCAAAAUGGGCGAAAUACAGAGGAAUUAUUACAAGGUCGAGCCGAAACUCAAUAAAAGGGACGGCUUGGUAUUGGUCAGAGAAAUGGCUGCUGAAGUUAAAAAUAUGAUGGACUUCAAAAUGAACGCUGUUAUGAGACUAAUGGAAAAUGCGGAACAGGCUGCAGUCUCGCCGCCAAGGGAUGCUAACAUUUUGCCGAAAUAUUCUUCCUAUCGUUAUAAUCUUUUCACGACUGAUGGCAAAAAGUCUUCCGAUUCUCGAGAAAUAUAUCUAAAUACGCAUCAUCAUUUCGAUUGGCUGGCAGUAAACGUUACUCUAUCGUCCGUUCUCGUACCGGGUGAAAUAGAUGAAACAGAAAGCGACGUAGCUGCAGGCAUUCUAUGGAGCGAAUACUUGGAUCCUCUUUUCAUCAAUAAUUACGAAAGCGAUCCUUCGUUAUCGUGGCAGUACUAUGGUGCAACGUCGGGAUUUUUGAGACGUUUUCCUGCUAUAACGUGGCCCCCGGUGGAAGGAGUAUUUGGUUCGAACAAGGCACCACCCGUAGUACUUUCGAAUCCUGUAUUUCGUCACGUGUACGACUUCAGGACUUCCAAUUGGUUCGUCGGUGCUGCCAACAGUCCGAAAGAUUUGGCGAUUUUAAUAGACACUAUGGGAUACGACAGCGAAAGGAAUCAAAGAUUGAUAAGCGCCACGACCAAAGCGAUAUUGGAUACGUUAGGUCCUGACGAUUACGUGAACGUUUAUCGAUACGGGGAGACGGCUGAGGAAAUCGUUCAGUGCUUCAAGGAUAGUCUGGUCCAAGCUUCGCCGGAAAACAUACACGAACUCAACUUGGCUAUGAAUACAUUGAAACACGAGGAAACGACUAAGAACAUAUCGGCGGCCUUGAGUACGGCCUUUGAAAUCCUUCACAAGUACAACAGAACCGGUCAGGGCAGUCAAUGUAAUCAAGCGAUCAUCUUGAUAACGACCGACAACGAAGCUCCACCUACGGAAGUGAUCAGAAGGUAUAACUGGCCGCACAUGCCAGUCAGAUUAUUUGCUUACCUUAUUGGCGGUGACAAGAGUCCGGAACUCUUUGACAUGGCUUGUACCAACAAAGGAUAUUACGCGAGAAUUACUAAGCCGGAAGAGAUUAAAAGUAAAGUUUUCGAAUAUGUAAAAGUACUUGCACGGCCUAUGGUUCUUUAUCAGCACGAUCAUCCUAUACACUGGAGUCCAGCUUACAUUGGCGGAAAAAGUAGAAGAUACGGUCGAGAAAAUCGCGGACAAUUGAUGACAUCCGUCACUGCUCCGAUUUUGGAUCGUCGAAAUCAUACGUUAAAAAGAGCUAAUUUAUUGGGCGUCGUUGGUACCGACGUUCCCGUAGAAGAAAUUCAAAAACUGGUACCGCCAUAUCAGUUGGGAGUCAAUGGAUACUCCUUUAUCGUUGACAAUAACGGUCGUGUCUUAUAUCAUCCGGACCUGCGUCCAUUGCCAGAAAAUACAGAUUACGAAGAGACACUGAAGCCUACGUAUAUAAGCGUAGAUUUAUCGGAAGUCGAGCUAGCCGAAUACGACGGACCCUCGCACCCUUUGAACAAUUCACUUCUUUUAGACUUGAGGCACGAUAUGAUAGAUCAGAAAGAAGGGGAGAUCGGCUUCAGCGUGAAAAUUCAUUAUGAUGACAUGAAAAGAGUGACGAUCAGACGACACAAUUAUUUUUACAAGCCGAUCGAGGGUACCCCGUUUUCAUUAGGUUUGGCUUUACCCGAAGGGUAUGGCAUGAUCGAACUCCUUGCCGAACAAGAGAUCAGACACGCGAAAGUCAAUGUGACCGAAUACUUCAAAGGUAGUCAUUGGAAAGUACAUCCAGAUUGGGUGUACUGCGAAUAUAAUUCGGCAUCGGACAAGUCAUUCAUUUCCCCGGAGGAUCGCGUUUUGCACUUUUUAUCGCGCACGAAAAAACCCGCGUGGAAGUGGAUGUCCUUGAGACCAAGGAGUCCAAGCUCGCACCAUAAGCAGGCGAGCAAGCCGGACAAGGACUCUUAUUACUGUGACAAGGGAUUACUUCAAUCGUUAAUUUUGGACGCUAUGGUAACGGAUGGGUUUGAUAAAAGAGGAAAUUCGAUGCACAAAGAAGAGAAUACGAACCCUAUUGCCAUACUGAUGGCUCUACUGCACAGCAAAGGCAGGGGUAGAUUUGGGGUUAUCAGAAGUUUUGUCGCAACUAGGAGCGGACUUUUUCGUUGGCACGAACAUCAACAGGGCUAUGACAAAGCAGAGGAGCCUUGGUUUCCCGAUCAAUACUCGAGAGCAAUGGAGUCUUCUUGGUACAAACGUGCCGUCGAUCAACACUCCAUUGAACCGGAAAGUUUCGUUUUCAGCGUUCCAUUCGAUGCUGCUGAAAAACCGAAUCCUCUGGUCACCGCAACGCAUGCUAUCUUCAUCGGCAAAGGACAUAAAGCACCGGCUGCAGUCGUCGGAUUGCAAUUUCAACAUUCCUCUUUGGCAUCCCAUUUCGUUAACAUAACGUCAACGUGUACAGCUGGAACGACUGGCUGUAAAAAGAACUGCGGAUCGGAGGAACUCGAUUGUUAUAUUCUCGACAAUAGUGGAUUUGUCGUUAUAAGCGAAAGACACGAACAUACUGGCAAAUUUUUUGGCGAGAUAGAUGGUACCAUAAUGGAUUCCUUGGUACAGGAUAGGAUCUACAGAAAAGUAACCGUGAUCGAUUAUCAAGGGACUUGUAGUCCUCAAGAGAGUCAUCGUUCUUCGGCACCGAGAACUACAUCGGCGUCCAUCUUGAAAGGCACCGCACUUAUUGGAAAUUUCAUUUGGAAUCUCUUUUUGAGCUUCAACGUCCAAGACAUUUGGCGUACGGUAGUGGCUUUUGCCAAAGACGCUGCUCAUUCCAUGCAAAACGAUGACGAUCUGAUAUUAUCCGACACCGAGCUCGAAAUAGAUUCGAAUAUCGACGAUGCCGAUGAAUUAGGCGAACUCCAUAAUCUCGAAUCGAUAGCACCCGCGGAAUCGACCGCGGAAUCGGUUCCAGGGAAAGAAGAUUUUUCGGAAAUACCGAUCGCACCCGCGAUACCCGUUUCCCCGCCUACUACUCGUGCCACUUCCGCCCACUUUCCAGCGCGCAAAUUGAGAUCUUGCGAAAAGAAGACGGAUCUUUAUAUUCUGCAGCCUGAGAGACUCAAUACAAGCGGCCAGAGCAACCCGCUCAAAGGGAAACUAACGAAUUGUCAUGUUACGGGUUGCGAAAGGCCUUUCAGCGUGCAAAAGAUACGUCACACGAAUUUGAUCCUCCUCGUAGUGGACACGUUGUGCCCAUGCGGCAACAAACAACUGAGCAUCGAGCCCAUCGAAGCAAUGACGGAACCAGGAGCGUGCACGGCGAGAAGGGAACGGCUUUACCGGAGAAGGCCGCCCAAGUGUAUAAAUUAUCAUCCGGAAGAGAUGGAAAUAAAGAUUUGCGGCGGCGCAUCGACGCAAUUCGCUCGAUCGACGCAAAUCGUCUUCUUAUUAACGACCAUCUUGGUCGUCAGGUUGGCGUGACUCUCCAAUUAAGGCACGCACCCGCUUAUUCAAAUAUACGCAAUUCAACAAAUUCACUUAAGAGAAUAACAAAUGAAGCAACAAAAUGCUUGAGUCAUUAUAGGAGCGGUCUACUCUGCCUUUUUCCUCCGCAAAAGAAAACAGAAAGAAAAUCCUUUUUCGUCUCUGGCUCUCUCUUUCUCUCCUAACGAAUCCGUCGUCGCACCGAUAAUAACGAAUCUCUCUGUCGUCUCGCUUGCGAUCCAAGUAUUCGAGCUUUUGCACGUUUUCUAAUUCGACUAUUUCUUUUCUCCCCACUAAUAUUUCUUCUCAUUUCUAGAUUAGAAGAUAUCGGAUGUAAUAUUUCAUAUAUCGCGAACCGUUGCUUUAUAUUGCCGAUCGAUCAAGGCUUCCAACUUAAAUCACCCUUUCUCUUUUCUUUCCUUUUUCCUUUAUUUCUUUUCUCUAUUCUUCUAUUCAAAGCAAACAAUCUCCCACUAAUUAUAAACAUACUAAUUGUUCUUUUUUACUAACGGGUCAAUCGCUAAUUGUAAGACGAUUUAUUUCAUGGUCAUCUCUGGUUCCGUCCCUAUAUAAAAGUCAUUAUUACGACAGUUACGAGUACACGUAUUUACUUCGCAGUAAUAUAUACAUCCUUUGAUCUUUUUCCAGGAAUGAGAUUGAACGUCGAGUCGGUUUAUAACGAUAAAAGAGGAUAGAAAAAAGAUUUUUUAAAAAUAUCGAAAAAAAAGAAUGAAAAGUGCACUCGUUAUGCGAUUUUAAAGCUCACUCUUGCGUAUAAAUUGUCAAUCCAAGAGUUGGUUGCAAACCGAUUCGACGAAUGAGCAAAUUUAUCUUUCGCGUCGAAUAUCGAUAUAUGGUCGAAGUUUUAUUCGUGCGAAAGCGCCUAGAGGAAAAGUCCAAGUAAUAUAAAGGAAAAAGAAAAAAGAUUUGCGUUAACGUGCGACGAGAUUCGGAGUCAGGGCGAAAUAAUAAAUGUUAAAAGAAGGAAAACAAAAAAAAGAAAAGAAAAAAAAGAAUCGAAGUUGUUGAACGAAAAUUUUCUCCAUAAAUUCGUUGUAAAACUAUCUCGAACUUCCGGUACACAUAUUGAUUAAAAGAAAAAAAAAAA